GGUGGUCGAGAGGUGUGCACGCCCGUCAGUCAUAUAAUAUGGGUGUUAAAGCUACUAUUUGAAGACGCGAACAUGGCCCGAUUGUCUGUUCUUGUUCUUGUGCUCUUAGCGAAUACUUUGACUAAUGCCUUCAAUGGGGACAGCUUUGAACUGGAAUGCCCCGACGAAUGCGAUUGCCACUACUUCAGAAUCAACUGGGUCACUGAUUGUUCGGAGAGCAACCUCACAGAAGUACCAUACGACGAGCUCAGCAUGAGUGUCUACAUUCUUGACUUAAACGGCAACAAUAUCACGACCUUGAAGACGUUCCCUGCGGAUAUUAAGAUGAGGAGAUUGCAAAUAGCUAACAAUAGGCUCACUCAUGUGGAUAGAGAUUCAUUCAGAGGGCUGGAGUUCUUGAUCGAUGUGGAUCUGUCAGGGAACAAUAUCAGCAACAUUGACCCGGAGGCUUUCCUGGAUUCCAGAGGACUACUUAACGUCGAGUUACAAGAUAACCCCAUCAGUGUCGUUGACGGGCCGUUUUUGGUCUCUAGCACUCUUCAAUUCCUGGAUAUAAGCAACUGCAACCUAUCCUCCAUCAACCCACAGUUCUUCGAUAAUAUCACAUCCCUCACAACGGUUGAUCUAUCUAACAACCCUCUGGUAACUUUAGAGAGUGGGACUUUUGAUAUUUUAACCAGUCUAGAAACGUUGAAACUGAAUGACUGUAAACUCACAAGUUUAGCAGAAAACAUAUUUACAGCAUUGGUUAACCUAAAAUUCUUGGAACUGGCAGGAAACCAGUUGACAAAUAUGGACUGGCCAGAACUUUUAGGAAAGCUGAUCAGACUGGAAUAUCUCAAUCUAAGGAAAACCGGCAUUACUUCAUUAUCCGAAGAUACAUUUUCAAAUUGUACUAAUUUAGUGUCGCUUAUUUUGGCAGACAAUCAAUUGCGUGACUUAGAUGUUGCGGCUACAUUAGGUAGCAGUGUCGAUCAUUUGGAAUUGUUAGACUUAUCUAAUUGCAAAAUUCGUGGACCUAUUGCUGGAGAUGCCUUCGCAAACGCUACGAGGUUAAGGACCCUUUAUCUUUCUGGUAAUCCAUUAUUUGCCCCCGACUUAAAGGAAGCAUUAGAGCCAUUACCAAAGCUAGAAAAACUGUUUUUGAGUAACUGCGGCUUACGAAACCUUCCAGAUAAUUUCAAUGUAUUUGAUAAUCUUCAAGAACUGGAUAUAUCAUACAAUCCAUUAGUAAACGUUUUUACAAAGUUAUUGGCUCCACUUAAUAAACUGGAGUACCUUAAUAUGGGAUAUAGUAAUCUGUCGUAUAUAGGGCCUGAUUCGUUCUCUAAAAUGACAUCAAUGAAGAGACUUGUCUUAUCAGGCAAUGACCUUUUAUCCCUUGAAGCUGGUCUCUUCGGCAAUUUGACUCAACUAACUACUUUAGAAUUAGAAUUCUGUGGUUUAAAAAGGCCUUUGUAUGCAAAUGCUUUCUUUAAGAAUCUAACAUACAUGGAUUUAAGGGAAAUACGAUUGGGCGGAAACCCAUUAGUUAUCCCUACUACGGGACCUCUGUUUCCAAAACAACUGUCUCAAAUUACUAUUAUGGAUUUAAGUAAUUGCAACAUUACUUCGCUCAAUCGAGACGCCUUCAAAAAUACAGAAAAUAUCACGGACUUGAAUCUGGGAAGUAAUCGCCUCAUAUCUAAAGAAGACAGUUUACAAUUUUUGGAAAGAUUACACCAACUGGAAAAAAUAAAUUUGAGUAACAAUAACCUUACAACGAUCGACCCCCAGGUCUUUAUUAACAAUCCAAAGCUGCAUUCUUUAAAUUUAGUUGGUAAUCCAUUUAUAUGUGAUUGUAAGAUUGCCGAAAUGUGGGAUUGGGCGAACAUGAUCAAGGGUAAUUUAGACGUUCUUAUAGGAGCAAAAAGUGCUGAGAAAGACAUAGUAGUAAAAGGAAACAAAAAGAAAAAACAUUUAUACUGUCAUUACAAUGAAACCCAGCUACGAAAUCUUACAAUUCCUUUAAAUAAAACAGUGCCCGGCAGAAGGCCAUUCAUGAAGCCUAGAGGGCUGACGUUUGCCAAUAGAACGUGGGCAAAGUAUGUUAGAGAAUCUGGAUGUGAACCGGUGGUAAAAAUACUACGGCCUGUUGCUUUGAAGUCAGAUUUAUUCGACACUGAAAGGCCCUUAUCCACAGCUGCCUUAAUAUUGUCUGGAAUAGCGUUGGUAUUCGGAUUGUCAACAUUAUUGAUGACAGUACGGCUUCUCCGAAGAAGAAAUGCAACAGAAGUCGAUACAGAGCAAAUUAGAAAAGAAAGAUAGUAAAAGAUAACAAAAUUUACUACAGUAAUUCAGAACAAUGUCCUUAACGCAUUUUUAGAGCAUAAGUUAUUUAUGUUUUAUAAUAGCACUCUCUCUUAUUCUUAAACUGAUUAUUCUUAUGUCAAGAAAAAAAAGUUG